AACAAGUCAGAGCCAUUGUCAUGGCCCCAGUGCUUCUCAAAGACAUCCGACAGCUCUCGCCAGACACGCAGACAUACAGCCUGGAAUCUUUCCAUAGUGUCCUGAACGGCUAUGCUCCUAAGUCUACCGCAUACACAUAUGAGGGAAUGAAGGCUCGAACACUGAUUGCUGCCCUCCAUUUCAAUGAAAAUGCCAACAAAGAGCAAGCAACAACAAAGGAUGGAACACAGCAAUGGCACAGCAAGACAUCCAAGGCCAGACAUAGCAUGAUGACUGUGUGUCCACUCAAGAUGGCUGCUACAUUUGAUUAUGUGCAAGAUCUACAAAACAAGGUGACCGAGCUUUGCAUCGAGCACCCGUCAUUUCCAGAAGCACUAGCCCAGGCACCAGAAAAAAUUGCACCAGCAUUUGUGCCACAGAACGAACCUAGGCCCUCCAAAACUGAGCUCAUAGCGGCACACAAGGCACGGUUUUUGAAGUUUUGAUACAUGUAGAGCAGACAAGCAACUGGUGGAGUUGUCAAAAACCAAUUGUUCGAAGGCUACACCAGUAAAUUGGAAAAGCAAAGACACAAACUUCAUGCUCGAAAUGGUUUGUGCUGUACUGAAGCGUGGGAAAGAACAAACCAAGUCGCAUAGAUUGUCUCUGCAACUGAUGCUGCGUGCGUGCAAGGACACCAUAAGGUUUCUACCGACUGGAACGGCUGAUGA